UUUUUUUUUUUUUUUUUUUUUUUUUUUUUGGUAAUAAAACUCAAUCUAAAUUAGUGUGAACUACAAAUCAACAUCACAAAAAAGAAAGGUUGACCUUGUUUUCCAGUUUGAUUAGAACUAAAAAUUUCUACCAUCGAAAUCUCUGGUCUUUUUUUUUUCUAGCUCUCCCCAAAAAUUUCUCCCUCCAAUCAACUUCAUAAUAAAAUCUUAAAGAUAAAAAUUAGGUAAAGUAGAAGGAAAAGUUUCUAUUAAUUUAUCAUAUCCUUUCAAACUUUCUCUUCUCUUUUUCUGCUUAAUUUCCUCCUUAAUUUUCAGCUUUACCCUUCUUUUCAUUGAUUAAUCAAAACCCAAUUUCUUGGAUUCCAAAAAAUAAUUCCCAUAUAUAAAAAAGUUCCAAUUUUUUUUUGGUGGGGUUUUAAUAUUGAAUUUUUCUGAGCUGGUUUAUUGAAAUUUGGGUUGAAUUUUAUCUGGGAAAAUGGGUACAAAAAUUGAAGAAAAUCCACAGAUUUCAUUGGCUCAGUCUGAGGAAGAACAGGUCAGCACAAAAUCUUCAAGUGAAAAUAUGGAAUUAUCUAAUGGCAUACAAGACAAUGAAAAAUCUGGGGAAGAUCCUAAUCCGCAAAAAUUGGAUGAGGGUACCGGGUCAUCGGUACCGGUUGAAGGGGCUUCGGAUAAUAAUUCGGGUGGUGUUGAUGGCUCAGAUGGUCCAUUGAAUGGACAACUAGAGAAUAAUUUGGAUUCAGAUUCUCCAGAACUUGCUUCUGUCAAUGAUUCUGUAAAAGACAUUAAGGCUCCCUCUGUUGGAGAUGUUGCCACAAAUGGCAAGGCUGCUGGGGCUGCAGUUGGAGGUGGAACUCCUGAUAGUCCCUCCAACGUUACUGCUGAGUAUGACUUAAACAGAAUUCUUAUUGAUACAGCAGCACCAUUUGAAUCUGUGAAAGAAGCAGUUUCUAAGUUUGGAGGCAUUGUUGACUGGAAAGCUCAUAAAGUUCAGACUGUGGAGAGGCGCAAAAUCAUAGAACAAGAGCUUACAAAGGUACAGCAAGAGAUCCCCCUGUACAAGGAGCAGUCCGAGAUGGCUGAGAAGUCAAAGAUCCAGAUACUGAAGGACUUGGAAAACAUUAAGAGACUUGUUGAGGAACUUAAGUUGAAUCUGGAAAGGGCACAGACAGAAGAGUGUCAGGCAAAGCAAGAUUCUGAACUUGCCCAGCUAAGAGUUGUAGAGAUGGAACAAGGUAUUGCCCACGAAGCUAGUGUGGCAGCCAAGCAACAGCUUGAGGUGGCUAAAGCUCGACAUGCUGCUGCAAUUGCUGACCUUAAAUCCGUUAAGGAAGAGCUGCAAUCGCUGCAAAAAGAACAUGCUUCUUUAUUGACUGAGAAAGAAGAAGCUGUGAAGAAAGCUGAAGAGGCUGUCUCUGCAUCUAAAGAGAUUGAGAAGACUGUGGAGGAGUAUACCAUAGAGCUGAUUACUACGAAGGAAACCCUAGAGUCUGCACAUGCUGCUCAUCUGGAGGCGGAGGAACAAAGGAUUGGAGCAGCUAUGGCCAAGGACCAAGAUAGUCUCACUUGGGACAAAGAAUUGAAACAGGCAGAAGAAGAUCUGGAGAAACUAAACCAGCAAAUUGAGUCGGCUAAGGAACUGAAAACUAACUUGAACUCAGCAUCCAAACUUCUUGCUGAUUUAAAAGCUGAACUAGCAGCAUACAUGGAGUCAAAAGUAAGUCAAGAAAUUAGUGAUGGUGACAAUACACCAGCUCAAGUGAACAAAACUCAUGCCGAUAUGCAAGUAGCAGUUGCUGCUGCAACUAAGGAACUUGAAGAUGUAAAGCUCAAUAUUGAAAAAGCAAAUGAUGAAGUAAACUGCCUUAAGGUGGCCGCCACUUCAUUAAAGUCAGAGCUUGAGAAAGAAAAGUUGGAACUAGCCAACCUAAGACAGAGAGAAGGCAUGGCUUCAAUUGCAGUUGCAUCUCUUGAGGCCGAGUUGGAGAAAAUCAAGUCAGAAAUAGCUGUGGUUCAGAUGAGAGAGAAGGAAGCUAGAGAGAAAAUGGCUGAGUUGCCCAAGCAACUGCAGCAUGCUUCUGAAGAGGCAGAUGUGGCUAAAUCCGCUGUUAGUUUGGCUCGUGAAGAAUUGAAGAGAGCAAAGGAGGAUGCUGACCAAGCUAAAGCUGGAGCAAAUACCAUGGAUAGCCGAUUGCUUGCUGCUCGGAAGGAGAUGGAGGCUUCCAAAGCUUCAGAGGAGCUAGCCCUUGCAGCAAUCAAGGCUCUCCAAGAGAGUGAAUCAACCAAAACUAAUGUUGAAGACAAUGACUCACCUAACGGGGUAACACUUUCUGUAGAAGAGUACUACGACUUGAGCAAACGGGCUCAUGAGGCAGAGGAGCAAGCCAACUUGAAGGUAGCUGCUGCAAUGUCUCAAAUUGAGGUAGCCAAAGAAUCUGAAUUGAAAUCCUUGGCCCAAUUGGAAGAAGCAAAUCAAGAGGUAGAAGAAAGAAAGGAAGCUCUGAGAAUCGCUUUGGAAAGAGCCGAGAAGGCCAAGGAAGGGAAAUUGGGUGUAGAACAGGAGUUAAGGAAGUGGAGGGCUGAGAGUGAACAAAGGCGUAAAGCAGAAUUAGGCCUAGGUGCAGCUAAUAGCCCUAGAAAGAGUGUCGAGAAUGGACCGGAAUUGAAGGGAAUCAAAAUUGAGAAGGUAGUUGAUUCGUCAUCCCCUCCUUUCCAAUAUGGACAAGGACUUGGUCUGAAGAAUGUAGAGCAGAUAGCCCAGUCUAAAGCUACCAGUAGCACUUCCCCGGACCCAGGAAGUCCUAAGGAAAACUUAAAAAGUCCAAAGGGUAUGUUUGGGCUGAGUAACACAUUGAAGAAAAAGCGUAGGUUUUUGUUUCCAAGGAUCCUUAUGUUCUUUACUAAGAGAAAAUCUUCUCAGAAUCAGAAGACAUCAUAAGCUCCUGGAUCAGUGGUUUGUCAUUGUCAGCUGCUGCAUUUUUCUUCCUUCUUUCCGUAAAGUCUUCUUCUGAAGCGGCAUCAACAGUUUCUAUGCUGUACAUGGUUAUCAAUUAUGUAUCUACACUUUUAUACUUCUCUUUUUUGCUUGGUAUAUUUAAGCUUUACAUUCAUUCUUAUGUACAUGUUUAUCGAACGACUGAGGGGCUUUCAAGGCACUAAAGAAGCCUGUUUUUGGAGCUUGUUAUAGUAAAGAUUCAAAGGAGAUGGAAUGCCAUGUAUAGAUGAUAAGGAGUUGGGUUUUCUUUGAUUGAUAAUCUGAGUUCAGUUAAAGAGUGUAUCUUUUAUUCUA